AUAUCGAAAAUAUCAUUGUCAUGGCGGUGGAAUUCAAACAAGAACAAGACCAACAGCAACGGCCACGCCGCCGCCACCACAGACCGCGAAGACGACUAUAUACCUGAGUGCGGCAUUGGAGGAUGCAAGCAGGCGAUGAGGAUGUUGGCCAACAUCGGAGUCUUCACUGGCUCCUACAGCGCCUGCGCACUUGUGACCUCAACCUUGAACUCAUAUGUCAAUAGCCAAGUGACUACUCUAGAACGUCACUUCGGCUUCACUAGCGCAGAGACUGGACUCAUCAUGGCGGCCAACGACAUCGGCUACCUCGUCCUUGUUCUCUUCGUUAGUUACGUCGCUGCCAAGAUUCACAUCCCACGAGCUGUGGGUCUGGCUACAGUCUUCUUUGGGGUGUCCGCCAUCAUCUGCGCUCUGCCGCACUUCCUGUUUGGCGCCCCUAGUCCGACUGGUGCUGGUGACGUCACAGCACGGACAGCCAAGACGUUUAGCGGCCAGAUAUGUCACAAAGACAACAUGACGUCACUGGGGUGUGGCUUGCUGGUCGAAGGCACUUCGAAGUCGUCGGCCAGCUUUGAAGGAGAGGACAAAGCUAGGGCCCAUGCCACCACAGCCUUGGUCAUCAUCGUCCUUGGCAUGGUCCUGCAGGGUCUGGCGAAGUCUCCGCGCUACUCCUUCCUCACCACCUACGUGGACGCCAACGUCGACAGAACAAAGACAGGCUUCUACGUGGGAAUUAUGACCACCCUGGGAUUCAUGGGUCCAUCCAUAGCCUACGCGCUUGGUGGUGUUUUCUCUCGUAUCUAUGUGACACUAGAAAACACUACUCUGCAUCCUAAGCACCCAAAGUGGAUAGGAGCUUGGUGGCUGGGGUACAUCACAUUCGGGUGUGCAGCGUGUGUACUCGGCAUUCCUCUUUUCUUCUUCCCGCGAUCUUUAAGAAAGGGACACAACCCUGACAAGGAACCGAGCAAUGCCGUUGUCAGUCAGAAAAAGUCUUUCGAUUUUGUUGCAUACUUCAAAGGGUUUUUUGGAGCACUGAGCCGUCUGGUGGUGAACCCUGUGUACAUGCUGGUACUGAUCUCGUCCUGUGUGCUGCUGUUCUCCGUGGCUGGGUUUUAUUCCUUCAUUCCAAAGUACAUAGAGAACCAGUUCUCCUUCCCAGCCUGGCAGGCAAACAUGUCUAUGGCCGGAAUUAUGCUGGCGACAUCGUGCUUUGGCACAUUUCUGGGCGGCUACCUGACGAAGAGAUUCAAGAUGGGGCCGAUGGCGAGCCUGAAGUUCAUCACGGUCAAUCAGUUCCUCUCAGCGGUCUUCACCAGCUUGCAGCUGGCCUUCAGGUGUGACCAGCCCUACCUGUACAACAGCCCGGGUCCUCUUGCUGCAGUAGACGAGUCCACCAUUGGGUGCAACAACGACUGUGUGUGUGACGACAACGACUACUUUCCUAUCUGUGGCGACGACGGCCGGACUUACUUCUCACCUUGUCACGCGGGCUGUCUGGGGCGGACUGAUGAGGUUUAUCAGAACUGUUCAUGCAUCUCGGGUCUGACGGCGAUGGCGGGUACGUGUGACUACAGCUGCUCCAUGUUCUACCCGUUCAUGAUCGCUCUUGCUGGAAGCUCUGUCUUUGGAACCUUGUCCGUCAUCCCCAAAGUCAUCAUUUAUAUCAGGUCUGUAGAGGAGCGGGACAAGCCCCUUGCCUUAGGUCUGGCUACCUUUUCAGCAUCAGUCACAGCCUGGCUGCUGGGGCCAAUCCUCUUUGGCAAGAUCGUGGACGGCAUUUGUAUUCAGUGGGAGAACUCGUGUCGAGGGAAGGGAGCCUGCCGUCUCUAUGACAACGACAUCUUUCGCCUGCGGAUGCUGGGUUUCCAGACCGGUUUCCGAUUCAUAGGCCUCAUUCUGCUCAUCCUUGCAAUUGUAUCCGCGAUUGUCACAAAGAAAUUCCACAAACAAGAGGCUAAGGCCCCAGAAAUGGCCAUGGAGGUGACUGUAGAUUUUCUGAAAUCUGAACGAGACGAGCGAGAGGAUGAGGGGAAGUAACUGCUACACAUCCCUUUAAGACAAUCUUUAAUUACCCUACCUCACACCACCUUUCAGAAAUUUUAUCUCACUUACCCUUUCAAAAAUCUGUCUUCUUUGUUCAUCAGCGAUAGUCAUUUGCCAGUUUUCAAUGUAAGCAAACCUUGAAUAGAAUUCUCGUAAUUUUCGUAAUUUCACAACAGACCAAGAAUAAAUUAUUUCUUCAUCUUUUGUCAAAUCUAAUUGCUUUUUACAGUUACUCAGAAGACAGUAUAAAGUAUAGAUAAACAGAUGUUUUAAUUUGCAAUGAUUAAGCUCUAUUCUUCAAAAAGAUCAUUUGUAUUUCACACUACAAGAAGCGCUAAUCUGUGAAGACUUCGUGUAUGAAACUAUUUCUUUAUUAUUUAUGUGAAUAUUAUUUAUCAUCAGGAAGUAAUUAAAAUUGCUUUACACAAGCAAUGUUA